AUGGCCUCGAGCAAAUCGGAGCAGCUGAAGACACUGUACCAGAGCUAUGCUCAUGAGUUUCCAGAGGUGAAAAGCAUUAGGGCUUCUGAACUACAUGCUGAGCUGGAAGAAGACAAGGACAGCAGCAAAAUAAUCCUGAUUGAUGUCAGAACUGCAGAGGAACAGAAGGUGUCCAGGCUUCCAGGCAAUGUGCUGACCAAGGAAGAAUUCGAGAUUUGUAAACAGAGAUACUUGAAUUCACCUCUUGUCACCUACUGCACUGCAGGUGUGCGGAGUGGCAGGUAUGCCAAGGUUUUACAGGAGGAGGGAUUCAAAAAUGUCCGCAACUUUGAGGGCUCCAUUCUGGCAUGGACCCAAGCUGGCUAUCCACUGGUGACACCUGAUCAGGAAGCAACCAAGCAAGUGCAUGUGUGCGCGGAGCAAUGGGCGCUGCAAGGAGAUGACUACAAGCCUGUUUGGUUCUCAGGUUUGAAGGGUGCUCUGUUGGCAGUUGGGGGUUGGGGGUCCAACAUCUGGAAGAAGGCCUUUGGAAAGAAAUGA